AUGUUCCUCCGAGGAAGUCUCUGGCUUUGGUUGUCCCUCAGAGCAAGCGUCAUUCUAGGAUGGCAGCGACGGAACCCAGAGCCACGUGGCCAAAAUAAUUGUUAUCAGCUCAACAGGUUUCACUGCAGCUUCGAAGAAGCAGAAAAUUACUGUUACUCUCUGGGAGGGGAACUUGCUUACACUUGGAACCAGGAGGUUCAAGAACUCAUCUGGGACUUUCUGGAAAAAGGGAAGAAGUGGUGGACUGGGCAGAAUAUAAUGUUGCAGGAAAAACAUCAAGAGAGAAAAAAAACAGAUGCCACGCACCAGGCCACCAAGCCCAACAGCUGCAUUUACGUGUCCAGGACCUCCAGCGGGCUGUGGUCUCACAAGGACCUGUGCUCACAGAGGCAUUACUUCAUUUGCCAGACGGAUGCUCUCUUUUCAAACCAAGAUGCCAGCUAUAAAAGAAAUGGAAAUGGUUCUCAUUUAUAUUGGAGACCUGAGAAGACAAAAAGAAAAGUUACAAUUCCAAGAGACCAAGGGAACACAGGUCCUCAUCUUUCAACCAUUUGUCAGCACUCUGCUCCUGCUCAUGCUAACCGUGUCCUGGAUGAGCUAGCAGGGAACCUGAGUGAAACAAUCCGUGGCUUGCAAAGUCACAGUCACAUGCAGAAAGCUUGUGAGGGUCUCCAGAGACUCACGGCCUUUCUCCCAAGAUUUUCUGAGUCAACUCAAGUGAGCUUCAUCAAUUCUUUCAUUCACCUCAACAAGCAGCUCCUGCUGAGCCCGCCUGAGAAUGGCAGUGACAAGUCUGUGACCGUCUGUCUCUUUCACUCCCUCCAUGAAGGCGAGGAAAGGGGGCAGGAGAGUUGGCAAAGCCCUGGGCAGAGCAGCGAGCAGGUCUAUAAUGGGUCAGAUAUGCCCUGGCUGGCCCAUGGGAAGACCCCAGAAGCAUUUCUCCCACAGAAUCGGUUUGCUGGCUCAUCCAUGGAGCUCACCUCCUCCCUUGCUACCCUAAUGCUGAGCAGUCAAAACAUAUCAACCUUGCCUCUGAGCUCUUACACUCUUGGCUACCCCGCGCCUGUGAGGCUAGGUUUCCCAUCAGCCACGGCCUUGGAGGAGCUCUUGAAUAAACACCCAGGAGUGGACGUCCAAAUCACACUCUGGAGAAAUGGGAGCAUCGAAACGCAUCCCACCAGCCUCAACCUGAGCACCGAUCAUUUUGUCAUCUCGGUGAACAUCACGACCCCAGAGAAGUCCCUGAUAGUGUGCAUUGAAGCCGAAAAUCCCCUUCUCAUGACCCUCUACCUGGGCUUCCAGUACCAGCCCAACCACACUCACUUCCACCGGAAGGUCACGCUCCCCAAGGGGCAGGUGCCCAAGGACGAGGAGUAUACGUGGGUGCUGACGCCCCGGUGGUUGCAGUAUGGGAUGGGCACCUACUACAUAACAGCUGUGCUGAACCGCAGCCACGACGGCACCCAGCAGUCGGCCACCACCUUCUCCGUGGUCACGGCCGUCACCCAGUGUUACUUCUGGGACAGCCACAACAACACGUGGACGAGCGAGGGCUGCCAGGUGGGUCUGCAGAGCACGGUUUUGAAGACGCAGUGUCUCUGUGACCACCUGACCUACUUUGGCAGCGACUUCUUCAUCGUGCCCAGGACAGUGGAUGUUGCAGACACAGUGAAACUGUUCCUCCGGGUGACCAACAACCCCGUCGGGGUGUCGUUGCUGGCCAGCCUUCUAGGGUUGUACAUGCUCCUAUUUAUCUGGGCUUGGAGGAAGGACCAGGACGACAGGCGGAAGGUGAAGAUCACUGUCCUGGCCGACAAUGAGCCCGGCUGGCAGUUUCACUACCUGGUUCAGGUGCACACGGGCUAUCGCCGGAGGGCAGCCACCACCGCCAAGGUGGUGAUCACCCUUUACGGUUCCGAGGGACGGAGUAAUCCCCAUCACCUGUGGGACUCGCAGAAGGCAGUCUUCGAGCGUGGGGGACUGGAUGUCUUCCUCCUCUGCACCCAGUCCUCUCUGGGAAACCUGCACAGCCUGCGGCUCUGGCAUGACAAUUCUGGGGCCAGCCCCUCUUGGUACGUGAGCCAGGUCAUUGUCAUUGACAUGAUGGCUAAAAAGAAAUGGCACUUCUUGUGCAAUUGCUGGCUGGCCACGGACCUUGGAGAUGGUGAGCGUGACCGGGUCUUCCUGCCUGUCUCGGAGAAGGAGCUCUUUUCUUUCAGACACCUGUUCUCCUCCAUGAUCGUCGAAAAGUUCACGCAGGACUGCCUGUGGCUCUCGGUGGCCACUCACCAUCCCUGGAGCCCAGCCAGCAGGGUGCAGCGGCUGGCGUGCGGUGCAGCCCUUCUCCUCUGCAACAUGCUCACCAACACCAUGUUCUGGAGGACCAGCGGUGCCGCGGUCCAGCGAGGCCAGCAAGUGGGUCCAUUCACGGUGACCUGGUCCGAGCUGUGUGUCAGCAUCCAAAGUGCUGUCAUCCUCUUCCCAAUCAACCUGGUCAUUGGGCAGCUCUUCCAGACGCUGCAGCCACAGGCGCCCCUGCCUCUCUUUCCGCUGCAGAGCGCCAGCCCCGCAGAGGCGUCUCUCGAGCCUCUCUCCCUCCCACGGGUAGCAGAGGAGCUGACGGAAACCGUGGGCUUCCUGCUGAGGAGAAACGCGUACUUACUCUCAGAGGGCGAGCAGUCUUCAUGGAGUUCUCAUAACAUUAACAAACUGGUGACGCUUUUCUCCAACCUCGUGUGCUUUCACUUAGAAAGUCAAGGCUGCCAUCAGGAAAAUGCUGGCCAGCUGCGGAGAGUCCAGGAACUUUUGGAAACACACGUUCCUCCCGCUGAUCCGGGGCCCGGCAGGGCCUCCACCAGUUUCCCCAUCCUGAGCUCUGAGGAAGGAAAGACCCCCCUCUGCAAGGACCUGCCUGGAUGGGUGACGUACGUCAGCUGGAUCCUUCUGAGUGUCACCAGCCUGGUCGCUGCCUUUUUCACAGCACUUUAUAGCUUGGAACUGAACAAGGACCAAGCCACCAGCUGGGUCAUCUCAAUGAUUUUAUCAUUUCUUCAGAAUAUCUUCAUCAGCCAGCCAGUGAAGAUCCUCUUUGUCACACUGUGGUUCUCACUGACAAGGAACAGGAUGCCGAGGUUUGACGAGGAGAAGGAACGGCAGACAAAGAGGAUCCUGGCACUCCUGGCAACAUGUCCUCCUUCGUUACCUGGUUCAAGGAACAGGAAUGACCCCAUCUACGUUGCACCAGCUGUGGACAGUCCAGUGAAGCGCCCAGAGAGGACCUGGAAGGGGAAGAAACUGUUGAAACAGACGGGAGAGAUUUUGGUCCAAAUCCUCUUCCUCGUCUUGCUGCUGACCACGGUCUACUCUGCACAGAACCCUAACAGGUUUCAUCUCCAUCAAACUCUCCGGAAGAGCUUUUCUCACCGAUUCUCCCAGAUCAAACUCCUUAAACACUUCUACCCCUGGGCCCACCACACGCUCCUCCCUAACCUAUAUGGGGAGUACAGAGGAUUUGUUACGGACGGGAACGCCUUUCUUCUGGGCAAUGUCCUACUUCGUCAGGUUUGCCUUCCUGGGGCUUCUAUCCAAGAACAAGUGAGGCCAUCGCAUCCAGAUCAGGAGGACACGGAGAACUACGGGGCGCACUGGGGGCCCCCAGACACGAACACCACAGACCCAGACAGCAUCUGGCAUUACCAGCCUCAGGAGCGGGCAGGGGGCUUCCCCAGCGCUGGCGAGCUGACCACUUCCUCAGGCGGUGGCUACGCGGUGCGGCUGGGGAGGAACGCCAGUGCAGCACUGCGGGUUCUGCAGCAUCUUGAACAGAGCCGCUGGCUGGACCAGUACACCAAAAGCCUCUUUGUGGAAUUCGUGGUGUUCAGUGCGAAUGUGAACCUGUUCUGUGCCGUCACCCUGAUUCUGGAGGCCAACAGCGUGGGUACUUUCUCUGCCUCCGUGAGACUGGAAAGCUUAACGCCCCUCCCAGCGUCAAAGAAGGACCUUGCCUGGUUCAUCAUCCCACAAAGCAUCUAUUACUUGCUGAUCUGUUACUAUACCUUCAUACAGGGUCGCCAGCUCAAACAGCAGAGGUGGAGAUUUUUCACAAGAAAAAGCAACAUUGUGGACCUGAGCGUGAUCCUCCUAAGCUUUGUCACCCUGGGGCUUGACAUGAGGCGGAUUUCUCUUUAUCAGAAAAGCCUGGCACAAUACCGCUCGGACCCAGACAGGUUCAUCAGCUUCUAUGAGACACUGAAGGUGAACUCGGCUGUCAUCUACCUUGUGGGCUUCCUGGUUCUGCUGGCCACUAUUCAGUUAUGGAGCCUUCUGCAUCGUGACCCCGCACUGCAGGUCAUCGGCAGGUCACUGAGCAGAGCCUGGGAUGAGGUGGUGGGCUUCCUGCUGGUCAUCCUGAUCCUGCUGACGGGCUAUGCCAUAGCCUUUAACUUACUGUUUGGAUGGACCAUCUCCGACUACAGGACAUUUUUCAGCUCAAUUGUGGCUGUGGUUGGCCUCCUGAUGGGAAUCACUCAACAUGAAAAGGUCAUUGCUUUAGACCCAGUGUUGGGCUCAUUUCUGAUCCUCACCAGUGUCCUCUUGAUGGUACUUGUGAUCAUUAACCUUUUUGUUUCUGCCAUUCUAAUGGCAUUUGGAAAAGAAAGAAAGUUCCUUAAGACUCAGAAAGCAGCUGCCCUCACAGACAUCCUGCUACAGAAGCUCUCAAGUUUGUUAGGAAUCCAGAGGCAGCAGAAGACACAGGCAAACAGCCAGACUAGCAGCGGGCACUGA